AUUUAAUCGAACACCGAUGUAACAGAAGCCAACAAUCGACCUCCAGUCUUGCUAACGCGGUUUAGCCUUGUUUUUGUUUUUCAAUACAACCUAACGGCCAGUUAAAAAGGUAAAUCGGUUUGCAAAAUAUAAAUACGUUUGGCUCAGCUCUUUGUUCUAUUUAAAGGUGAAAAAAAUGAUAAGAAUCUUAUCUGGAAGAUGGAUAAUAUCUGGGGUUCCAGUGUGGAGACAUUUUUUGCAGACCAUAAAAGUCCCAAACAACACAACCAAACCCCAGCUGCAGUUGUACUUCCCAGCCUCCUCGGUGUUGAUGGCAGGAAGGGCAGCCUCCACCAACAGGCCGCUGAGGAUCAAACCAGUGACCUGGCACGCCUCACGCCUCUGCCAAAAUGACUCAAGAGCUGCUGCCUCAGAGGGAAACAAGAAGCAAGAGAGCUUCAGCAUGAAGGCACUCGCUCAGGCACCCAAACCUGCUCUGUACCUCGGCUUUUCCGGGCUCAUCCCCUUCCUGUCUGCCCCACUCCUCAUGACUGCCACCCAAUCCUUCUACCCUGAAGUGGCGUUUGCUCAGAUGGUAUACGGAGCCUCCAUUGUAUCCUUCCUCGGAGGCGCCCGCUGGGGGUUUGCCAUCCCUCCAGGUAGUCCCGCUCAGCCAGACUGGAUGAACCUGGGAAACAGCGUGGUGCCGUCGCUCGUGGCCUGGCUAGCACUGCUUUGCAGGGACAAUUUCACAGAGGGAGCUCUUCUAGUUGUCAUGGGACUGGGCCUGUCGCUCCAUUAUGACCUGACCUUGCUGCCCGGUUAUCCCGCCUGGUUUAAGGCCAUGAGGACUGUUCUGACUCUAGUUGCCACAUUCUCAAUUGUUGCUUCUCUGCUCAUAAAACAUUUUUGCACUGAGAAGAAAAUCAAAGAUGCUUGGAAGUGAAUUCAAAUCAAGCAAAUCUAAAAAGGUAACGUUUAGUUAAGAUGUGCAGAAAACUUUCUGUAUUAAAUGCUACUUAAAAGUCUAUUUUAAUUGACAUUGUAAACUGUUAUAAAUGUAAGUAUUGAGGGAUUUUUUUCAGUAGUUUUGCACCUCUAAGUUUAGUUGAAAUCAGCCUUUACAUAAAGUAGAGGUACUGUAUCCCAAUAAUUAAACAUUUUAUGUAUUGUUAGUCA